AUGACAAAGAAAGCGCUGACUGAUACAUCCUGCCUGGCACCACCAUCAUUGCUCCGAUGCCUCUUUAGCCUUCAUGUCGAUCGAUGGUUCCUCGCAAUUUCUCGAACCGAACUUUCCUCCACUUCACCUGACGCCAGCCUGCUGCCGAAACGCCUUGCACUGUAUACACUGGCGAUUUCGUUUGCCGGCGGCGCUACUCCAGCACAACCGCACGAGUUUUUGUUAUCCAGGCGAGAUCGAAAAUAUUUGCAGUUCACCAUUUGCCGCGAAUAUGCCCGAAUUUCUGCCGCCCUACUAAUCAGCCACAGCGAGCGCACCGAACGCUGCAACGCAGAUAAUACCGAUUCCUACAUGCUCACACGCUCUCUUCACACCGCCGGUGGUUCAGCGGAUAUUCGCCAGACCAAUGAACAUGCCGCUUUUGUCCUGUCUCGCCGCAACGGUUUCCCAGCAUUA